AUUGCAACCUGCCGUGCAGCUAUGCCAGCUGUACAACUAAACACAGACCAGUUCAAUUCUCGUUUAAAGCAUCUUCUUGAUGCGUGGAACAGCGCCGGCAAAAAUGACGAUUACGAAUCCAUCUCUGGUGCGGAUGGCCUCCUUCUCACUGCGGGAGACCCUGCAGGUCAAGACGAACCGAUUAAGAAGAGCGUGGCUUUACAGACUUGGCUGCUAGGUUUUGAAUUCCCGUCGACUAUUUUCCUUUUUCGCAAGGAUCAAAUCACGAUACUCACGUCAGCUUCAAAAGCAAAAAUAUUGGCACAACUCCAAUCCGCCAACCCAAUCAUUCCAAUCCAGAUCCUUGCUCAAGCCAAAGCAAAGGAACCUCCUACAAAUGCACUGCCCACUUUGGCCGGAAUUUACUCAAAGCUGCAGCGUGUUGGUGUUAUCACGAAGGACAACACUUCGGGCAAGCUGAUUGACGAUUGGAAUAAUGCGAUUUCUGAGGCAGAAAGUAAACCCGAGACCGUGGACAUGAGCCCAGCCGUAUCUGCCAUUCUCGCGGUGAAAGACGAGGAGGAACUAAAAUGCACGCGUAUCGCGGCGAACCUUACGUCUACCUUGAUGAAUCAUCAUGUUGCCCCUAAAUUGGAGACGAUACUAGAUAGGGAAUCCAAAAUCACUCACGAGACAUUCGCUGCUCAAAUCGAAUCCCGGCUUGGUUCAGGAGAAGGUGAGAAUGCAAAAGGCCCCGAUAUGAAGGUCUGGAGUAAAGGGCGAGGGCUUAACGAGGUCGACUGGGAUUCGACGGAAUUCUGCUAUGCCCCGGUAAUUCAGUCGAAAGGAACGGCUUCGGGUUACGAUUUGCGAUCGAAUGCUGAGUCAUCAUCAGACAUGAUGGGUCAUAAAGGUGUAUUGCUUGUGGCAGUUGGUAUGCGUUAUAAAGGGUAUUGUGCGAAUAUAGGGAGAACGUUUGUGGUUGAUCCCUCAAAAGAACAAGAAACUGUCUACGCGCUGCUUGUUACGCUACAGUCAGAACUCCUUCACAAAAUGAAGGAUGGCGUACCUGCCAGGGAUAUUUAUAUGCAUGCUAUUACAUACAUCCGGGAGAAGAAACCCGAACUGGAAAAGCAUUUUGUCAAGAACGUUGGAUUUUCCAUGGGUAUGGAGUUCCGGGACUCUCAAUACCUUCUUUCACCCAAAUGCAAUCGGAAUCUAAAGUCAAACAUGAUUUUCAACUUAGCACUUGGCUUCACAGACCUUGAAGAUGGUGAUGGGCAGAAAUAUUCGAUGCUCCUAACUGACACUGUUAAAGUUGAUCAUGAAAAGGGCAUCUGCUUGACCGACUGCAUUAAAACGUCGAAAGAUGUGCUAUUCUUCCUCAAUACUCAAUCGGAUGAUGAGGAGAAGGAAAAUGCGAAGUCGACAAAGAAGCCUCCAGCAAAACCGAUAAAUGGUAACGGCUCUCCAGUGAAACAUAAAGUUGCGGGAGGGAAGGUUCUGAGGAACAAGACGCGGAGCGCUGCACAGGAGGAUGUCAUUCAAACCACCGCGGCGCGGAUCGCGGAACAUCAACGAGAACUUCAUAUCCAGCGCCAGGAAGAAGGUUUAGCGAAAUUCUCGGAGGAAGGGCAAGGUGGAGCCAGCAAGGAAGGCAAGGGCUGGAAGCGUUUCCAAAGUUACAAAGGUGAAGCGGGUUUACCCAAGGAAGUUGAGACCAUGAGGAUUUAUGUUGACCGUAAGGCACAAUCCGUGGUCCUACCUAUAAACGGUUUUGCCGUACCUUUGCACAUAAAUGCGAUUAAAAACGCCAGCAAGAAUGACGAAGGCGAAUACACUUAUUUACGUAUCAACUUCCAAAGUCCAGGUCAACUUGCUGGAAAGAAGGAAGAUACUCCCUUUGAGGAUCCCGACGCGACUUUCAUUCGCUCAAUAACUUAUCGAUCUGCAGACGGGUCUCGCUUUGAUCAUGUUUUUAGACAGAUUACUGAGCUCAAGAAGGAAGUGAACAAGCGGGAACAGCAAAAGAAGGAGAUGGCAGAUGUCAUUGAGCAAGACGUUCUCGUUGAACUGAAAUCUCGUCGCCCUCUGAAGUUACCUGAGGUCUUUGUCCGGCCUGCGGCAGAUGGGAAGCGAUUGCCCGGUGAAGUCGAAAUCCAUCAGAAUGGCCUAAGGUAUCAGUCAACAGGCUCUCACAACAAAAUUGAUAUCCUCUUCAGUAAUAUCAAGCAUCUGUUCUUCCAGCCUUGUGACCAUGAACUCCUCGUCAUCAUACAUGUUCACUUGAAAGCACCGAUUAUGGUUGGCAAGAAGAAGGCGAAGGAUAUUCAAUUCUAUCGUGAAGCCUCAGACGUGCAGUUUGACGAGACUGGUAAUAGGAAGAGGAAGUACAGAUAUGGGGACGAAGAUGAGAUUGAGCUUGAACAGCAAGAGAGGAAACGACGCCAGGCGCUGAAUAAGGAGUUUAAGCAUUUCGCGGAGAAAAUCGCUGAAGCUUCUACGUCAUCAACCGGGGACCCUCUCGAAUCGGACAUCCCGUUCCGUGACCUUGCGUUCGAGGGUGUACCGUUCCGGACAAACGUGAAAUUGCAACCUACGACGGAGUGCCUUGUUCACUUGACCGACGCGCCUUUCCUUGUGGUGACUCUCGGUGAAAUUGAAAUAGCGUCGCUGGAACGUGUGCAGUUUGGGUUAAAGCAGUUCGACAUGGUCCUAGUCUUCCGAGACUUCACCCGAGCACCGCUUCAAAUAAAUUCCAUUCCAACAUCUCAGUUGGACGAUGUGAAGAAUUGGCUUGAUUCUGUGGAUAUUCCCCUUAGCGAGAGCCCCGUGAAUUUGAACUGGGGCCCGAUUAUGAAAACGAUUAACGAGAGCCCCUACGAUUUCUUCCAGCAAGGCGGCUGGAGCUUCUUAGGUACUGGCACUGGCGGGGAUGAUGACGAAGAGAGUGUUUCUGAUACGGAAUCCGAAUAUGCCGCCGAUACCGAUGAGCUUAUUGAGUCCGAAAGUGAUCAUGAAUCCGGGAGCGCAUUCAGCGAUUCAGACGCCAGUGGCGACUCCGGCGGUGGAUCGAGCUUCGAUGAGGAUGACUCUAGUGGCGAUGAUUGGGAUGAAUUAGAAAGAAAAGCAGAGAAAUCCGACAGCAAGAAAGCAGCUGUCAAUGGGAAGCGCCGCGACGAUUCCGAUGAAUCUGACUUCGACAAGCCGAAGAAGAAGAGUAGUGCAAAAGCGAAUGGCGUUGGUAAGAAAGGCAAGCGAUGAAUGUUGCGUCUUUCCUGCCCUACUUUCAUCCCGCACGUAUUUCCCUUCCGAUAAUGUAAAUAUGCAUUUGAAGUUUCUCGCGCCACCUCCGUUCACCUAUCGUCAUUUGAUGGAUCAUCUAACAUAUCACUUGCCUUACGACCUG